AGCAGCAAACCCCCGGAAAAGGCCAUGCAACGAGGCGCGUCAGGACCAGGCCUCAGGGGCCUGAAGGGGGCCGAGGGCGCUGCCAGGGACGUGGGGGACACUUGCCUUGAGGCUGGGAGAGAUUUUGGGGUGCUGAGGGAGAACGGCGGCCCUCGCGGCCUGGGCGAAGCAGAGGAGGUGGCGGGCAGCAGAAAGCGCAGCCGGCCGGUGCGGUCCAAGGCGAGGCGCAUGGCAGCCAACGUGCGUGAGCGCAAGCGCAUCCUGGACUACAACGAGGCCUUCAACGCGCUGCGCCGGGCGCUGCGGCACGACCUGGGAGGAAAGAGACUCUCCAAGAUCGCUACGCUGCGCAGAGCCAUCCACCGCAUCACCGCCCUGUCCCUCGUGCUGCGCGCCAGCCCCGCGCCCCGCUGGCCCUGCGGGCACCUGGAGUGCCACGGCCAGGCCAGGGCUGUGGCCGAGGCGCAGGGCUUGGCUCAGGCCUCUGCGGGAAGUUGGCGCCGAUGUCCGGGGGCUCCCUCUGCCUGGCCGCGUAGCCACCUGCGAGCGGGCCCAGGACUGGGCUACCAGCACUCCUGACCCAGCACCGAGAGCGCCCGCGGGCCUGGAGGGAGGCCGACCUGGGAGGAGCCAAUGGUAGGAUGACUACAAAACCCACCCGAGCAAACCCGAAUGGGCUGAGCCUGAGGGGGAAAGGAGGGACUUUGCCAGUUGGAAGAAACUCUGGAGC